AUCUUGAUGUGGAAAUUGCACAUCACCCUUCUAUUAACAGUAUCAGAAAAAAGUUGAACUUUUCAGAUGACUUGGAAGAUAAUACUCAAAUCAAAACAGGAAUUUUACAAAGAAAACUUCAAGAGCUUCAAAACGUAGCAAUUAACUAUGAAAGCCAAAAGAAGAAGAUGAAAAUGAGUGUAGAUGAUGCUUCAUUCUCAAAAAUUCCAAGGUUUUACUUUCCUAACGAAAAGAUUACAACCACCUCCAAAAUUAAGGAGGAUUUCAUCAAGAUUAAGCAAUUCUUCCUAGGAUAUCCAACCGGUGUUACUUUGGAGCAAUUUGGAAAAUUGAUAACCGAUAUUUGUGACUUUCCAUCAUUUUUUAGAUUUCAUUUAUUUUCUAGAAUAGAUGAAUUUGGGAUGGGAGUUGUAACAUGUGAAAUGUUUGAAGAUUAUUGGAAACAAAAUAUGCAAUUUGAUAACGAGAGCUAUAGAUAUUUUAAUGUAAUCAAACAGAAAAAUAAUGACUUUAUUGUUCCAUCUGAUUUCAAGUUACUUUUGAGAGAAAUAUUGGCCAAUCAUCCUGGAUUAAGAUUUUUAGAACAAGCUCCUCAAUUUCAAGAGAAAUAUGCAGAGACAGUGAUUAUUAGAAUUUUCUAUGGACUUUCCAAAUCUUCAUCGAUUGGGAAAAUAUAUCUGAGAGAGUUCAAAAAUAGUAAUCUUGUAGAAACCUUUAAAUUAUUAGACAAGGAGCAAGAUACCAAUAAUGAGAUUAAUUACUUUGCAUACGAGCAUUUUUAUGUUCUUUUCUGCAAGUUCUGGGAAUUGGAUACAGACAGAGAUGGUAUGCUCUCUAAAGAUGACUUAUUAAUUUAUGGAGAUAGCUGUUUAACAGAGUUUAUUAUUGAUAGAAUUAUGAGUGGAUUUGGUAAAAAGCUAACUGGUAAAAACCCAAACAUGAUGUCAUACGAAGAUUUUGUGUGGUUUUGCCUCUCUGAAGAAGAUAAAACUACACCAGUUGCUCAAGAAUACUGGUUUAGAUGUGUAGAUAUUGAUGGAGAUGGAGUAUUGAGCCUCUACGAGUUGGAGCAAGUAUUUUCAGAACAAAAAGAACGUAUCAAACAAUAUGAUCCAGAAAUUUCUUUCAGCGACAUCCAUUGCCAAAUAAUAGAUAUGUUAAAACCAAAGAAUAGAGAUGUGAUUACAUUAGCUGACAUUAAGAAAUCAAAAAUGUCACCAAUAUUCUUCAAUAUUUUGUUCAAUCUUACAAAAUUCUUUGUAUUUGAACAAAGAGGAACUUUUGGCACCAACAAUGUUUGGGCCAUCUAUGCUAAAGAAGAAUAUCAAAGAUUAAUAAGUGAAGACGAAGAAGACCAACAAGAAAUGGUUGAUGAAGAGUUGGAAGCCGAAGAUGUUGUUAUCAACUAGCAGCAUUAUCACAAAAAUAAACUUCUAUCAAAUUCAUUUCAGUCAU